AUGGAGUCUAAACAGUCGGUUCGCCGGUUUCUGGAGCAAUCGCACGAGCGGAUUUUCGAGAACAAUCGGCAAUGGGUCGCUUCAAAGCAGCAAAACGAUCCCGAAUUUUUUACAAAGCUGGCGGCGGGUCAGACACCCGAGUACCUGUACAUUGGUUGUAGCGAUAGCCGCGUACCGGCAAAUGAAAUCAUGGGUCUAGAAGCAGGAGAGGUGUUUGUCCAUCGCAACAUCGCCAAUCUGGUACCCAAUACCGACCUCAAUGUCAUGUCUGUGAUCAACUACGCUGUGCGCCAUCUCCAGGUGAAACAUAUUAUUGUCUGCGGACACUAUCGUUGCGGCGGGGUCCAGGCGGCCCUAACACCAUCGGACCUGGGAAUUCUGAACCCUGGCUCCGAAACAUCCGUGAUGAAUAUUGUCAAGACAGCGGCGGUUCAACAGAGUUACCAGGAGAAACAGUAUCCGAUUGUCCACGGAUGGGUUUUUGAUCUCCGGGACGGGCUACUUAAGGACCUUCAUGUGAAUUUUGAAGAAAUGCUGCAUGAUAUUAAGAAGAUCUACAAUCUUCCUUCGAAAGCUACUCCGCCAACUGGAGCUAAUUGA